CGAUCAUUUCUGCGAAAUAUAAAAAAUGAGCUAAAUCGACGUUAUUCUAAAUCUAAUUGCUCUCUCGAGUUGUUUCGAGGUUUAGUAUUACGGACAUUACUAUGGCUUUCUGCACGAAAAUCGGCUGUCACUUGAAACAAGGAGUUGUUCAGAACAGAACAAUACUCGGUUCUCUCCGCUACAUGUCCACAAAAAUUUACAUUGGUGGUCUUUCACCUGGAACUGACGAGCAGUCCUUGAAGGACGCUUUCUCUACCUUCAAUGGAGUGACAGAAGCAAGAGUCAUGACAAACAAAGUCACUGGGAGGUCUAGGGGUUAUGGAUUUGUUAACUUCAUGAGUGAGGAUUCUGCCAAAUCUGCUAUUUCAGCUAUGGAUGGACAGGAACUGAAUGGGUUUAACAUCCGUGUGAACGUUGCAAAAGAUUGGCCAAGUUUACCAUUGUCUUUGGAUGAGAGUAUAAAAGAAGCUGAGACAAAAGGCAAUAAGAUGGUGAGCCGAUCUGUAUGGAAAGAUCCAUUCGUUGAUGCAUUCCUGAUGAAGAAGAAAAAUGCAGCUCUGAACAAGAAAAUAUGGUCAAGGAGAUCAACAAUUCUGCCAGAGUAUGUUGAUUCAUCGGUGAGAAUCUACAACGGCAAAACUCAUGUGCGUUGUAAGAUCACAGAGGGGAAAGUUGGGCAUAAAUUCGGAGAGUUUGCGUUUACAAGAAAAGUGAAGAAGCAUGCUAAAGCAAAGUAGUGGUCUCACAGCUUGAAAGGGAUUUGUCCAGAAACGAAUCGAAUUCAAUAAAUUCUUAACAGAGGGGGUAAAACUCAUUAGCUUUUACGACAUGAAUGUAGACAAAGAUUGAGCUUUUUUUUUUUAGAAGUCUUCAGUUUUGUUGUCGACUCUGUAUUUGUGGACCAGCAAAGUGCCAAAGUUAUUUUGGAAUUCAAGUUACCAAAAUAUCAAUUAUGGAGCAUCAAGAACCAAACUAUGCA